AUGAACAAUCAUUAUAAUUAUGAUGGUACAAAUACAAAUUAUUCGAAUAGACAACAGUUGUCUGAUAAUAAUGUUAAUGUAAAUAAUUCAUCAUGUCUUCUACAAUCUCCUAUUCUUGAUUAUUAUGGACAAGAUUCAUUUAAUCAAACAUCAUCUCGACAUAUUCCAAUUUAUAAUAAUCAUCUAUAUCAAGAUAAUACUAAUCAUUUUUAUCGUUAUAAUGUACUUUCAUCUACAUCAUCAAAUCAACCAAGUAGUUCAUGUAUAUACACUUGUCAAAAUGGUAUACUUGGAAAUUAUUCCGAAGAAAAUCCAGUAUCAAUUCCUUCGAAUGGACAUUCACAAACCGAUAUGAUAUCUUCUAUUCAUCCCAUGUCUCUUGAUUUAUAUAGUCUAUCAGUAACACCUCCACCAAAUGGAUGUCCAUCAUCAUCUCCAAUUUUACCUUCAGCACAAACACAAAAUGAUUUAACAAUAUCAACUGAUACAAUUCCAUCAUCAUUAAAUAAACAAGACCAAAAUUCUCCUGUGAUUUAUCCAUGGAUGCGUAAAGUGCAUAUUAAUAAUCCAGUUUUUAAUUAUACAAGUGGAGAAACAAAACGAGCUCGUACAGCUUAUACUCGACAUCAAGUAUUAGAAUUAGAAAAGGAAUUUCAUUUUUCCAAAUAUUUAACUCGUCGACGACGUAUUGAAAUUGCUCAUUCACUUAUUUUAACUGAACGACAAAUUAAAAUAUGGUUUCAAAAUAGAAGAAUGAAAUGGAAAAAAGAUCAUAAAUUACCGAAUACAAAAUCGAAACUGCCCGAUACAUUACCAGCUGCAACAACGUCAUCACCUAAUCAUAUAAAAAAAGAAGAACAAGAACGUGAUAUUGAUCCAAUGAUUAUGAAUGAUUAUAUAAAAGAAGAAUCGUUUUCAUCUGAAUCAUCAAAUUAA